GGACAUUAGAUGUGACAUAAAUCCAAAUAGAGUGACCAAUGGCUCAGUUGAAGGUACUUGCCAGUUUGGAGCUAAUGGUGAAUACUAUACAUGCAAUGAAGAAUUAAACUGCAUUGACAAAAGUGUCAGCACCAAGUGUGCUAGAGGUGAGAUUCACAUAAAUAUGCACUGAAAAAUAGUUGUAACUAAUUCAAGUGUUAAUUUAUUUAUAAAGCAAUAGUACUGUGGAUUUUUAACACUACAAGCCAUAUAAUAUAUAAUUUUUCAAGUUUGGCAUGAUGUUAUAGUUCUAGUCAUUGCUGGUGGAAAUAACAAUUCUUCUUUGCUUUUUGGUCAUCUCUUACUGGAGCAUAGGCCAUUAUCUUUCCAUGUCUACCGGUCUCAAACAAAAUCUUCUGUAACAUUUACUAACCCUUUCGAUUCUUAAUUACAUCCUUGUCUAGGUCUCUAUAUGUCAGAUAUUUUUUGUUCUUUCCCCAAGAUUAUUACCAUGACUAUCCACUUCCAUCUUCUCAUGAGACUAUAACCUGUUUAUUUUAAAUAUAUUUGUAUAUGGCUAAACUCAAAAUGAACCACUAAUAGGGUAAAUAAUUUUCAAUCAACAGAUGCUGAUGAGUGUGCAACUGGUCACCAUGACUGCCCCAACAGAACCGUCUGUGUCAACACUGUGGGCGGUUAUUCUUGCAAGUGCCAGGAAGAAUUUCCUUUGAUGGUCAAUGGCAGAUGUCAAGGUGAGUGGUUAUUAAAGUCAAGACUUAUCUAAAGGUAGAUUUUUUAUUUUUAAAGUCUUAACUAGGUCAACAUACCAACAAAGCCUCUCAGAGGUAAAAAUUAUGGGCACUGUAACCAGACUUUUUGAGGACCCCCAUUUUUUAAAGUACUGGAUCAUAGUUCGAAAAAAAACAAUUUAAAAAUAAGUGCUGUUAAAUAUAAUGAAAAAUUACAAUUUCAUUUAACAUUGCUUAGAGCUUUUUCUUGUAUUACCUGAUCUUGUUGUAGUUAAACAUCCUUUAGUUAAUGUGAGUGGCGCCCCCCCCCCCCGUGAUAAAGAUCUUUGCCUAAUUGCUCGCUUGACACCCACUUAGGGCCUGCAUAUUAAAGUGGGACAGAGUUAAGCAAAGUGUUGUAUGUGUCAUAAGAAUAUAUUUUCUUUUCCCUUCCACAGCAAUCAGCAGCUGUAUUUUGUCUGGCCCAGCGACACCGCUGGACUAUGUUUACAAUCUUCAAGGAUUCUCAGGAAUUCCUGGCCACUUUGACGUUGAUUGCAAGUUCAAGCUGGCCUACAUUUGUGACAAUAGUAACUGUGAGUCAUUCACAUUGUUGACUAAAGUAAUUGUGAGUUAUUCAUAUUUGGUAUGAGAGUAAUUAUGAAUCAUUCUCAUUUGUGACAAUAGUUACUGUGAAUCAUUCACAUUGUGAAAAUAGUUACUGGGAGCAAUGUUCCCUCUAAGGUUUGCUUGUUCGUGUGCAAAAUCAUACAUUGUGUGCAAAGUUUUACAGCAUCAAUUUUUUUGUGUGCAAAAUUUUACAGCCCACAAACACACAAUUACAUGGAAAUUUACUCAAAAUUGCUGCACAGGGUCUGUGAGAUAGCUGCACGGCCACGCAGCUUAAAGGGAACAUUGACCGAGAGUUAUUGAAAUUUAAGAGCAUCACUUCUUCAAGAAGAGAAAUUUAGACCAUCACUUUUCCAGAAGAGAAAUUUACACCACACCAUCACUUUUCCAGAAGAGAAAUUAAGAGCAUCACUUCUUCUAGAAGAGAAAUUAAGAGCAUCACUUUUUCAAGAAGAGAAUUAAGAGCAUCACUUUUUCAAGAAGAGAAAUUAAGAGCAUCACUUUUUCAAGAAGAGAAUUAAGAGCAUCACUUUUUCAAGAAGAGAAAGUAAGAGCAUCACUUUUUCAAGAAGAGAAUUAAGAGCAUCACUUUUUCAAGAAGAGAAUUAAGAGCAUCACUUUUUCAAGAAGAGAAAUUAAGAGCAUCACUUUUUUCAAGAAGAGAAUUAAGAGCAUCACUUUUUCAAGAAGAGAAAUUAAGAGCAUCACUUUUUUCAAGAAGAGAAAUUAAGAGCAUCACUUUUUCAAGAAGAGAAAUUAAGAGCAUCACUUUUUCAAGAAGAGAAAUUAAGAGCAUCACUUUUGAAAAAAGGUUCAGUGACUUCAAGAAAUUACAUUAAAACAUAAUUUUUUCUUCAUAAAAAUAUCAGGCUUGUAGCAAAGAAUAAGCCUAAUUUAACUUUAAAUAUUUUAUUACUAAAAUUCAAUCUGUCAGUUUAUCAGUUUUCUGAUAAUAAUUUUAAUACAUUAGUUUUCCUUUUGUUCCAGACAACCCAAAGUCUGGAUUGCCCUACAUUUCCUUCUACAUUAUGAG